CCCCCCUUCGCGACUGGUCUAAGCUGGGCUGGAUUAUAGUCGUUGUUUUCUUUCCCUUGCCCCAACUUGAUGCACCUCGCAACGUCCUUCGAGUAAACCUCGGAUAUUCUUAGCAUGGCCGCCAACGAUAAAAAGCUUACUCACAUUACGAUUGAAAGACGAAACUCCAAAGAGUCUCUCGACGUCCGGACGCCACGCAUAGCUCGCUUCGCCGAAGCAACCUCAGUCCACUCGCCCAUCGACCCUCCUCGGUCGCCGUUUGAGUACCCUACCAACCACUACAAGCCACAGCCCCAGAUCACAGACACCGGCUUUGGCUACAUGCAAUCAGUCGAAAUGGAGGAAACCGACCGACGCUACCUUCCUCCGCCAACCCCAAAGACUCCUCUCAAGAGUGCUUUGAAGUCACCUGGCGCCCCUCCACGGACCCCAGGCGGCGCAAUGUCCAUCAUGAGCCCUACCUUUCGGGAAGAGCAGCAGCUUGAGAAGCGCGAGGCAAUGACCGACAAGGAGCAGGCAAAGGAUCUGAAAAUCAAAGUACGCGUACGGCUAGCAAAGAUCUUCCUCCGAGGCAUCAACUUUGCAUGCUCACUCAUUGUUCUGUCCAUGAUCGCAACUGCAUUUUCCAUUUUCAACGCCACCAAGCAUUUGCCACCGCGAAACAACCUGCCACCAUGGGCUGACAACACCAAAGUCUGGCCUCAAGUCCUCUUGCUUACCAUCGCUUGCAUCUCUCUGUUCAUGUCGGUCGUCGUCAUCAUUGCUUACUGGAGAGGAGGCCACCACCGAGCUGAAAAGGUGGCUGCUUACUACACCGUCUUCGCCGUUGCAUUCUUCAUCUUCAGCAUCGUCAUGUGGGGUGUAGGUGCAGCCGUCUUCAACCAAAGUAAAGCCCAGAACAACAACAAGGAUAUGUGGGGCUGGUCAUGUGUUGAUAAUAAGCGACGACAUCUCUUUGAGGACGACAUUUCCUAUGCCCUCGUGUGCCGUCUUCAGAACUGGGCUCUUGUCUGCUGCAUCAUUGAAGUCGUCAUCGAGGUCCUCGUCAUCGCCAUUUACGGUAUUGUUUUCUACCGUUUCUGGUCCAAGCGCAAGCUCCGCAAGUCCAUGGCCAUGCGCGACCGUGCCCGUUCCGAUCUGUACCUUGCUCAACUGCGUUCGCAAUCCGCACCCAACACUCCUGGUUUCGGUCCCAUGUCUCCUCGCUCCGGCGGCUGGCGCCCACCGCCAGGCCACCCGAUGUACGUGGACCCGCACUCUGCGGCUGAAAACGGUGAAAACGACAAGGUGCAAUACGCAUACGCGCGUGAGAUUGCCCAGCCCCAGCCCUUCACUCUCCAGGCACCCCCAAUCAAGGUCACUGGUGCGACGCCCAGGGUUGAGCAGGAAGGCUUCGAUGCACCUGCACGCACAAACACUGUCUCACCCCCGCUGCCCUCUCCAGCAUUCCAGGAAAGGAGAAACGACCACGUUGGUGCUGCUCCAGGCGAACAGCAAUACGACGCUGUACCCAUUCCUGGAGCCUACACCCCGCUAGCAUCACCUUCAUACCCUCCACCAACGCAACAGCAACACCCACCGGCACCCGCCGGCUUUGACUUUGGCCCAGCAGUCACUGGUCAACGAUAAAUAAAAGUUGCUUUUUGGGUAUUGUGAUUUAGCGCGCAUCGUUUUUCGUCCCUCUCCUUUCUCUUCUCUAACCUUUAUCUGGAUAUCUGCGAAAUUGAACCAUAUUAACCGCGCGGCAAAGUGGGGUUGCAUGGUUGUGUAGCGAGCAG